UUUAAUGUUCUCAUUAUAUGGGUUCGCUUGAUUUUCAUUAGAUGCUAAAGUCCUGUAAGAAACGAAACAUAGUUUUGUUUCAUACUAGUUUGAAUAUACGGAUCCUUUUAUUUAUUUUUUGUUCAUUUCAUUCCAAGAGAAAGUUUCGGUUCUGCGUAGAUGGUACAUUGUUGAAAACAAGGACUUGCUUGCGUUUCAUGCAAUGAAUUAUGGACCCACCUGCGAUUCCUCAUAUCACUCAAGGUUUUUAUCCUCUAUUUAAUAUUGUAGAAACAUAUUCGCGUCAUGUUUUAAACGAACUAGUUUCUCUGGCGGAAAUAUUACCGUCUAUGUCGAAUGUUGACAAGAAGAGAAGUAUAUUGGAUUGGUUACUACGGUCUCGGACAUACACUAUAAAGUUACUUAUUUUAGCAAGAUGGAUGCAUUUCUCACCUCUCGUUCAUCGUUGCAUUGAUGUAGUCGCAUUCUUGCAAGGUCAAAAGUUUUGCUAUCAAAAUUUAGUACACGUACUACAGACUAUUCGCUAUCAAAUGUCUUUUGCUCGUUUAAGAAAUGCUGAUCUUUUGACUGCUUUGGAUCUCUUAUCAACUGGAACCAAUGUUCGUCUGCUAAAUGCUCCCAGUUCUCGUACGUACGUUCUGCCCCGUAAUGAAAUUUCCACGAAGCAGGUAUUACAAGCACUGCGGACUAUAAAUAUGAUUCUUCGAAUUCGUCUUGAUUUGCAUGAAGUGAUUCCUUCCCCUUUUCGAAAAUUCGUAAUUAAUAACGGACGAUGUACGUUCACCGUUCCUAAUGAAUUCUCAGUUUCCAUGACCACCAAUUCACAAGACCCUACCUUAAAUACUUCUUCUUUUCAGUGGUUCGUUGUAGAUUUCGAAUUUCUACUCCCAAAGUACUCUUCCACCCCUUCUAAAUUCAAACAACUUGUCGAGCAUCAUGUGAACGAGCAGAUUGCACUACGCUUGGCUGAGCAGAACCCUAUUCUCCCUCUUGUUUAUAAUAUUAUUCACAAGUUUUGUGUAUUUCAGCAACUAAACAUUCUUUCCCAAGAAGCCUUUCAGCUUUCAAGACAGAGCUGGCUUGGUCACCUACGCACUGUUUACGACGAAAACGUCCCCCAAAUUCGCUUGUAUUAUUGGCCCCAAUUUACGAAGAAAAAAGAUGGAAAUGUAAUCCCAUCGAAUCAUUCUAUAUGUAUAUGUACAGAAACACAGGAUACCCCAGCUUUAGAACGUAUUCUUAGUACUAGGAAAUCUAAUUGUGACUAUGAACACGUUUAUCUGAAAGCCAAAUGGUAUCACGAUGAAGAAGUUGAAACAAUUUCUUUGGAUGCUUCCGCCAGUACGCAAACGUUAUUGCUGAAAGUAACUGAGAUGCACGCGCGAUUAAUACUCGGACAAAUCCAAAAAGAAUUGCAUCCAAAAAUUUUCAGCGAGCUGACGGAUAAUGAAUUGAAAAUUCGCCUGUUUGACCAUGACAUCGUUGUCAAGGUUAACAGCGUAUCAGGAAGACUAGUUUUGCUCAGCUCUAAUUCUCCUUUAUCACCACCUCGUUAUUUGCGUGCAGCUGAGAAAAACAUUGCUUUGAGUUCCCAGUCAGCAUCUCAGAUUAUAAAUCGACUUUACUUCUUUUGUAUUCAGACCGAACUUACUGAAGUAGCGUUGUGUGCCGACUUGAGUGCUGUCCAAGGUUAUAUUUCUUUUCCGGAAUUUGCUUUUACAAAGAAACUUUGGCGUCGGAGUGAUGAUUUGCUUUGGAUUCUGGCUUUUAAUGUUGAAACUAUGGAAUGGUUUGCAAAAUUAGCCAACUUCGCUGGUCAAGUUGUAUAUUCACAAGAAAUUUAUACCACUGAAGCAAAUUUAAACAUAGAAAGCUUCCAUCGAUUAGCAUAUCUUUUGGAAAUACAAAGCUUACUUUACCAUGCUCAAAGCGCCUGCUAUGAACGUCAAAUCCCUUUUGAAUGCAUACCUACACCUUCAAAUGCUCUGACUGUAAAUAACUAUACUCCUUUUGUCAGAACUGGAAGUUUGAGUAUAUCUAUGCCUACGAACAAUGCUGACAUUUGUCCACUAGUUUUCAUCCGAGCCCAUGAUGGUAUGAUGAUUUUUGAAGGCAGAAUCAUGCAUCGGCCUCCAUUCAAAAUGGAAAAAGAGACUUUCAAAACAUGUACCAUUAAUUGGAAAAAGGGGAGAUUUACAAUGCAUUCUACAAACUUUAAUGAUUUUGAAGAAUUCUGGAAUAGACUAUGUAAAGUUUUGUCUUUGUCAAAAACAACUUGGUUUGAGGUCAAUUUGUCCACACUGAGGUUCAUCGAUUUUACAUAUCUAAAGCAAUACAAAUUCAGGCUAUCUAUCAAUGAUCGCGGAACUUUUUCAAUAUACUUCUUUGAUCCUGAAAGUCCUUUUCAAUUAAUUGUGCAUUACUUGAAUAAUAUAUUCACAGAUAAUGCAUACGAUAUGCAGCCCCUAAAGAUUAUUAUGGAUAGAACUAAGGGAGUAUUAGAAGCACAACAAAUGGGAUAUACUGUCUUGGCUCGUUCACUUCGAGAGUAUCGAAUACUCUUCUCUCCAAGACACGGUAUCCAGGUUUCGUUAAAUCGUUUUGGUUGUUUGUUGCAAGAUACUUACUCUUUAUCAACGCCGGCUGUAAAGUCCGAAUAUUCACAAAACCCCGUGCAACGGUGGGAACCGUGUCAAUGGUUAAACUCUGUUUGGGAAGGCGAUUUAGGCGAUGAUGAACUGAACGGCCAAGUUGAGGCCUCUCCGGAAUUACACUUAUUAAAGACAAUGAAAACUGCAGACUUGAGUGCUAUCCUAAAAAAAAUUUUAUCUAUUCCACAGAAAUAUUAGUUUCCUGUUUUUUUUUUCUGUUUAAAAAUGAAGUCAAAUCAAGAAAGCCGUUAUGGUUUUAUGAUGUUUUGAAUUCAAUGUUUUAGAGUAAAAAGGAUAUAUAGACGGUGUUAAUGACAAUUACAGUUGACGAGUACUACGGCAUAAAAAGUACAGUUAACCUAAAUGUAUUAAGUAAAACUAAUAACGUCCUGUAAUAACCUGAACCCUUAGACCAAAAAU